GCCAAUGGAAGCGUGGUUUUGAUAAUGAAGCGAGGCUACAGUGGGAAGUGGAGUUCUGCUGUGCCAGAAAUCUGCAUGUCUCCGCCGACUGGGAAGAAAAUACAAAAAACCUGUUGCAAAUGAAAUGCAAAAAACAGACACAUGAGCAAAGGGGAUCCGGGCAUGAAUGAAGAGAGUGGCUUACAUAAAGGAAGAAACAACGUGCAAAAAUAACUUGAGGAAGAACACGGGUAUGCCUUCUCAUGAAGGUUCUGCCAUCUCUCCCUGGCUGUCGGGAAGCUGUCGGCGGGCCUGUUUGGGUUGUCGCUUGGGGUUCGUGUGAUCGGGGUGGCUCCCUGGGAGUGGGGGUUUAAGGAUCCUCCUUCCUGAUGGAACGGUGGGGAAGCUCCUCUGCGGAUCACUGGUCCUCUCAGAGCAAGCGAGAAUAUCAAUACUAUACGAUUUGACCGGAACACUGUGACUUGGAACAUUUUGCACAGAUCGCACACAGUGUGGACAGUAAAUCUCUCUUUUUUUUAUAUACAGAAAGAGAAGCCAACGUGACCUAUCAUGAACAAAGAUGGAGAAGUGGGCACCAUUGCCCCCGAGAUGCCGGCGAUGUUCGACGGGGUGAAGCUGGCGGCGGUGGCGACAGUGCUGUACAUCAUCGUGCGCUUUCUGAACCUGAAGAGCCCAACUGAGCCGCCUUGCCUCAGCUAUCAGGACACCCCACUCAACCGCUUCCUGAUCAAGUCCUGCUCACUACUGACCAAAGAGUACAUUCCUCCCCUGCUAUGGGGGAAAUGCGGGCACCUACAGACGGCGCUCUAUGGGAAGAUGGGCCGGGUCAGCUCACCUCAUCCAAUUGGGCAGCGCAAAUUCCUCGCCAUGCAUGACGGGGCCACGGCCACCUUUGACCUCUUCGAACCGCUAGCCGACCAGUGCACAGGAGAUGAUGUCACCAUGGUUAUUUGUCCUGGGAUUGGUAACCACAGUGAGAAGCACUACAUACGUACCUUUGUGGACUACGCUCAGAAGCAAGGCUACCGCUGUGCUGUCCUUAACCACCUGGGAGCUCUGCCUAACAUUGAGCUAACCUCUCCCCGCAUGUUCACCUACGGCUGCACCUGGGAGUUUGCAGCCAUGGUGGGCUACAUCAAGAAGACAUUCCCCCAGACGCAGCUCAUUGUUGUGGGCUUCAGCCUAGGGGGCAACAUUGUCUGCAAGUUCCUGGGUGAGAACCACACCAACCAGGAGAGAGUGCUGUGCUGCGUCAGUGUGUGCCAGGGCUACAGCGCGCUCAGGGCCCAAGAGACAUUCCUGCAGUGGGAUCAGUGCCGGAGAUUUUACAACUUCCUCAUGGCAGACAACAUGAAGAGGAUCAUCCUCUCACACAGGGGCAUGCUGUUCGGAGAGAGCUCCAGCAAGAGACCCAAGAUGAUGGAGGAUGCCGACCUUAGCCGGCUCUUCACAGCCACCUCCCUCAUGCAGAUCGACGACAACAUCAUGAGAAAAUUCCAUGGGUACGACUCCCUCAAGGAAUACUAUGAGAAGGACAGCUGUGUCCAUUAUAUUCACAAUGUCAAUGUGCCCCUAUUGCUGGUAAACACAUCAGAUGACCCACUGGUGCAUCCCAGUUUACUGACCAUCCCACGCACACUUGCAGAGAAGAAGGAGAAUGUGAUCUUUGCCCUCACGCUGCAUGGGGGGCACCUGGGAUUCUUCGAGGGGGCGGUGCUCUUCCCUCAGCCUCUCACCUGGAUGGACAAGGUGAUUGUGGAGUACGCCAACACCAUCUGCCAAUGGGAGAAACACAAACCGCAGUGCGGGAGCGGCAGCGAACAGGACUGCUCGUAGGAAACGGAUAAACGCUAACCCCUCCCUGACAGCGCCCUGCCACCUCGCUCUCCUCCUCAACAACUCCUCCUCCUCCUUCUUCUUCUACUUUCUUCCGCUGGCCUUUUCUUAUCGUUGUUUUUUUUCUGUGGGAGAGUUUUCAUAAUUUGUUUGUUUUGGUUUCUUUCCAAAAACAAAAAGCCCUACUGUGUUAAAUAAUAUCUGAAGAACAAAAAAGGAAGAAACAGAAACAAGGACAGUGAAUGUGAACAUGCUGAAAAAAAACACAAUAACCAAAACUAGAAGGGCAGAUGGGAAGGGCUGUAAUCCAGUCGAUGUUUCUGUGGGGCUCGUGGCACAGUUCAUGCUGCUGUGAAACAGCCCGUAGUUUACAUCACAGAACCAGCACACAAGUGUUCUUCGAAUCCUAGCUCUUAAUGGGAGGGGCUGGUGUUCAGGUCAGUGUUUAGUUAAGCACUUGGAUGAACCGUGUAGAAUGCACCAUUGCAGGCAGGGUUGGCUGUAGCCACUGCCACCUUUCUUGUGCACCAAGAGAAAAAAAAUUCACAAUCGCCAAAAUUCAUCCGUGACUAAAACACUAUAUAUAUAUAUAUAUAUAUAUAUAUAUAUAUAUAUAUAUAUAUAUAUAUAUAUAUAAUGUAAGGUACCAAAAUAAAAAUAAUAAUAAUAAUAAUAAUAAUAAUAAAUACAACUGUAUAGUUUAGAUUUUUUUGGGGGGGGGAGAAAAUUUACCUGUGGUGAAAGAACUGGGUUAUAUGUUUAAAAAAAAAAAAAAAAAAAAGUACUAACUGCUUCCCCUCUAAUCUCAGUCACAAACGUCCUGUCAAGCCCCAGGGUUGCAAGUUACCUUGAAAUGCCGAUCUCUCAUCUAGUGCUCCCAGCCCUAGAUCUAAAUACAUUCUCUGGAGUUUGUUCUUUUUUUUUUUUUUAAACCCUUGAUUUAAGUUCUUUUAUUUUAGCGUGUGGUUUCAAACUCCUUUUCUGUUUCUUGGCUGCUGUUUUCAGUUUUGCACAUUCUGGCCCUGGGGUUUGAUCGCUGUAAUGUAGUGGCACGUACACUGACUUCACGUACAUUCAGUGUGUCUUAGUAGAUGCUCGGAGUCCUGUCUCGGAGACUCAGUCACUCUCUGGGACUCCUUUAGCCAGGAGUCCACGACGGCUUCAAACAUACCCAAGGCACAAAGAUCCCAGUUGGGCUUCGACCUGCUCCUGUCCCGUCUUGCACUUCAGCUCUCUGAGGACAUGCUUUUUAGUUUCUAUGCCUCACUUUCACGUGAAAGAGAUUAAAACAUUGUGACUCGUUUAAUUGUGACCUUCCUCUACAGGGCUAGUGGUCAGAACCCAGCUGAAUUCACUGGUAUUCCUACUGUCACGUGCUGCAGUUCAUCCCAAAGCCAGGGCCACGUAAAGCAUCCACUUGAUGUCUUUAUGCCAAGCUUUUUAUUUUUAAAUCCAUCUUUAAUUAUGGUUCUUAAGAUGGGGUUUUCAUUUGUAACUGUCCGCGAGCCUCGAGGGAACCCCUUUUAUUUAUUUAUUUAAUUGUAACUUUCGGGUGGACUUGAAGGGAAGCGGAGAGAACAUUUCUGAAAUGUUAUCCUCUGUUAUAUUGGGAAACACCUUACCUUUCCCCAGGCGAUGCGGGGGAGUCUUGAGUUUAGAAUUCAACAGAAGCACAGAAUCUUCACUUUCUAUGUGUCUUUUUUACCCUUCCUUGCCUUUGAAAAAAGAAAACAAUAUGACUAACAAGCUCUUCUAUUCCUUAUGCAAAUUAUGUUACUGUGAUAACUUGGUUUACUGGGUGGAAGAGGUGGGUUGUUCUUUCUUAUGACCAUGUUUAAAGGAAUAUCCAUGUUGUCCGUUUGUCACCUGAGAGAACCAAUUGGCUCUUAUUGGAUUAUUGUCACUGCCAACACUAAGCAGGACGUACUCCUUCUGUGUUCCAUGUGUUCCAACAUGUGUGCACGUGCUUAACUUUUUUCUUUUGCACUUUAUUACUGUGUUUUUUUUUUUUUUUUGUUUGUUUUUUUAAACUUGACAAUCAUCCAUAGAUGUUAAGAACACCACAGCAUCUCCAGUUUUUAGGGAAUCCUGAUUAUCCAAAAUGAUGCACACCCAAAGGAAAGGUUGCAUCUCCUUAUGCUUUGCAGUAUUGGUAUAUUUGAAUAAAUACAGUGAAUAAGAUAAAGUACAGCCUUUACUGUGUCAGGAAGGGUGGCUCAUCCAGCACUAACCCUGUACAGCUCUGUGUGUGCCCACAACUGUAUACCGACAGUGGUACUGAGCUAAUUUACCUGACUACACAAAGGUCUUGUAAUGUCUCUAAGCUGUCAUUAAGUACAUUUUUUAAGAGAAUUGUGCAAUUAUUUUUGCAGAGAAGCAUCUGUUGUGUUAAUACAACCUUUAUUAUUUGUUUUAAUGGCACUUUUUGGGGUGUUUUUUUUCACUUCAGUGUUGAAUGUGGGCUAUAUCUCAAUCUGUACAGGGCAUUGUAGCGAAUGUUUGGAAUCUGUUACCAGAUAGCUCACUGGAAUGAUCAUUUCCAGUUUAUGGUCCAGCUUUUUUGGAAGUGCUUUCUUAGCAGUUAAUCACAGCCAUGUAAAAUCGGUGCACAGCUUGUAAUAGUUUCAGUAAGUUUCUAUUUCACUAUUCCUCUCGGCCUGUGUUGAAUGUCUGCUGGAUGUGCUCUUGCCUUUACAAUCCUUGUUAAACCAGGGUUGUGGUUCAGGGUCUGAAAAGGGGGAAAUCCGAAGAAGUUGUGGCAAAUAUCUUUCUUGCCACCAGGUUUCACUGUCAGAUAGAGUUACUGCUGUGGCACAGUGACAAGAGCUUCUGCCAGCAUGAGCAAGUAAUAAAAGGGGGUGUGUGCCAAUGCGAGGCAGCCAGGGACCCCCAAGAUAGGGAACGCUCUCCUGAUCCCCUGAACACCAGGAGUUGGGGUGAGGUGGCUUCACUGUGUUUCUGGAGAAUGGCAAUGCUGCAAAAAAAAGGCAUCAAUUAGGGAUUCUCCAAGAAACCACUAACUAGCAAUACGUUUUAAGUACAGAGCAAUGUGCAGUAUGUUUCCCAGUUGAACUUUGAUCCUUUCAGUUUGCCAUUGACUGUGCUGAAAGGUGCUUUUUGAAAUAUAGCCCUGUUCAAACAAGGUAAAGCAAUGGAAUUGGUAUUCUAUGGUUUGUUUUGUUUUAUGAAUUUACUGUAUGGAUGUGUGUAUGUCUGUCCGCACAGUGCAGUUUGUCCACGUCCAAUUUCUACACCUUAAUUGCGGGUGCAGAAUUGAAAUAAACACAGUAACACCCAUUGGCAUGGACACAUACAGAACAAUUAAACCUGAAACCCUUUCACAAAGAGACCAGCUUUGGGUUUAAAAAAAAUAAGAUAAAAUGUGUCCUGCUUUUACAACAGAUUUUUACAGGGACCAGGUGAGAACAGUCUCUUUUUUUAUGAAUUAAAGUGAUUUAAUGGUUAAUGAGAACAAGUUAUUUUAAUAUUUAAAAUGUUUAUGCUUUACUGGCAGCCGAAGUCCGAAGUGUAAUUGUGUGCAGAAGGGUUAUUAAAUGGCUAAGUUAAUUUAGAAAUUACAUUAGAUAACUUUUUUUUUUUUUUUUUUUUUUGCAUUGGAAUCCUUUUAUAUAUAAUAAAAAUACAACCCUUCAAGAUUUAGUUGGGGACUGAGCAGAUUGACCACUGAUGAUUUAUAUUUGAUCCUUAAAAAAAAAAAAAAAAAAAAAAAAAACAAAGUGCAGAGGGGUGGUGCUGGUUUUCUGGGAUUUGUAACACUGCUCAAGCACUCUGCAGACACCCCUCUAUGUUAACCCCAGCUAUGAAGGGACCUGGGUGAGUUUCCAGGGCAGUUGGUGUGACACACCACAUCUCUCCCCUGUGUACUGAAGGUGUAGGAACAUGCACUCAAGACCCUUAAAUAUGCGACGGGGGGGGGGGGGGGGGGGGUUAAAGCAACUUAAAGCUGUAUGAAGACAUUGAUGUUUUUUGUUUUUUUGUUUCCCCCCCCCCCCCAUCAGGAUUUGUUAAAUAUACCCGUGUACUCCUUUUUGAUGGCUUCACUUUUUCUUUACGAAUCAAUAGAUUAUUCUCAUUUAUGUGUGAUUUGUCAUUCAGCUGUUAUCGUAUAGAUUGAAUUUGUGUGUGUGUGUUUUUCAGAAACCAAGGGGGUGUUUAUUUUAAAAAUUACAAUAAUUGUGUUGGGAAUUAAAUUAUUUUCUCGUAAUAUCUGCUUGCCUCCUGUCUUGUAAUGUGAGACCGUGCCUCCACAAGAGGAUAUAACUCAUGAUGGUAUUAAAUGUUUAAGUGUCUGUUUAAUCAUAAUGAUGGAGCAAUGUUAAAGUAGCCACCUAAUCUUAUUGAAAUGAUACGUAAUCCCCUACCAUCUGCAGAGCAGCAUUGCUGGAACGUCCUCGGAUAUCCAACAGGUCCUCAAAGGCUGCUGGCUGCUUGUUACAGACCUCCUCAUGAUUGAAACAAACCCUUCUCUCUGUGUACGUUCUUGCAGUAUUCUCUGAUACAUAACAAGUCCAAUGUAUGGACUGUGCUGUAACCGUCAAGGAAUUACUUUACUUAGACUGAGUUCAGCGUCUCCUUGGCAUUUCAACAGUGCCAUGCAAUAAAGUUACAAACACAAAGGGUAAAUCGUGUGAAACAAAUAAAUGAAUUCCUAUCUAACUUGGCUAUGUUUCCAGUAAUGCUUAACCCAGCCCCACUAACCUAUGUAAAGCACAUGGCAGGACUGGUGAUCUUCCCUGUAUGAAAUCUGUAGUCGGUCACAGCUGAGAACUGUGCUGGCCUUGUCUUUGGUCCAUGGAAAAUAAAGAAUGGGUCAACUGCAAUGUAAAUAGCUGAAUGCAGCAGAUCACUGUGUUUAUUGCAUUAAAGACUAGUUUUCCUGA